UUUACUCUUGGUAACUAUUCUCUACAAUUGUCAUAUCGUAACCUGUGAACUGCAAACAAACUCCUCUUUUGUUGACAUGACGUCAUGUUCUAUAAAUAGCACUGACUUCCAGUUGGAGAGCAAGUCAACUUCCGGGUACAAGAAGGGGGAAAACCAGGAAAAGAACUCACUGUUAUAAUUUCUCAGUCACCGUCAUCUUGUUAUUUUACCCGCGGCAGCUGUUGGUAGAUAUUUUUCACGUGUACACUAGAAAAUACCUGGGAACGAACCCGUGCAACAAGCUAGAGUAGGUUUCUUCGGCCAGAAAGGAUCAAGCAAGCCACGAGUUUCGGGAGUAUCGAAACUGAUCUUCCUAGUGCCCCCCUCCCCCUGAACUGUUGGGUAGGGAAAAGUUGUUUUCACAGGAUACAGAACUAAACCAGGACAUCGUUGCAGUAUAGACGUGUCUUCUUUGUACAGUGACGUGUCCUUCAAUAUCAGUGUUGAUUUGUAUGAGAGUGGCUGAUAUUCCUACCAGGAAGUUUGCAGAUUAUGGACUAGAACUAGCCUAGAGCUGACAUACUGAGUGGCAGGUGUUGUAUAGUCAGUUAGGACUCAGGUGUGGCAGUCUUGGACAUGAUCUUGGAUUUUUCCUGAUGGAAGAAAGCCCAGCACCAGGAUUUACCAGUGACCUGAGGAUGGAUCCAGCGGAAGAUCUGAGUAAAAGUGGAGCAGCAGCCCCUACAGUUAUUCACUACCACAACUAUUACAUUAACCAGGCAAAAAAUGUACAGAUUGGUCAUGACAAUAUCAUCAACACAACUGGGUUUGAGGAUGGGGAUUUUGUGGAUGCACCACAACCUUUGGAAGCAUCAAGGCUUGGCUCAAAUGUUCAGCCUGGCUUUUCUCCUGAAAUACAGCCGCAACUGCAGGUAGCAGACAGUACCUGUACUGUAACAGCGGCAGUCACAGACACCAACCCACCCCCAAUUGCACAGAACAUUACACCCAGUAACCCCCCAUACAGCCCUCCCAACGGUGUUACACCAGCCACUACAGACAAUGGGAGCUCUGGUAAACCCCAAGCCAGCCCUCCUAAGCUGGACCCCAGCCUUCAUAUAGGAAAAAUGCCGUUCAGGGUUCGCCACCGGUUAACCAGCAUGCUGAGUGUGAAAAAAACAGAUGGGAAGGACUGGAGGUUCCUUGUAGAGAAGUUGGGAUUCGAGCCACACUACGUUGCCUUGUGGGACCAGCGUCAUGACAACCCGGCCGAGACACUGUUACAGUCCUGGGCAGUACAGCUGGAGGCAACAGUGGGCAGACUGCAUGCACUGCUACUAGAGUGUGACAUGGGAGAUAUCGCAGAAAUACUUUGACACUGAAAUUCUCUCCAUGAAAAGGAUGGCCUAGGAGAAGAGGGUUUAUAGUUGUUGGACCAACUUUGUUUUUAAAAUGGGAAACAUGUAACUCUCCAAGUGUUAAGAUGUUUUUGUGUUGGACAUUUAUCAAUCUCAAACAUUCCAGACAUUUGCUGCUGAUGCAACAUGUGGGAGAGAAUAAUAUUUGCUCACAGUCAAGUUAGCUGAAGACAAGUCUUGUUUUAAUCUUAUAGUAAAAGAAGAAUUCUAACUUCACUUGUAUCUGGUUGUAUUUGGUGAUUCAGACCCUUACUGAGGGUCUGUAUAUGCUCCGUAAGGUGUAGGCAGCCUAUUUUUAUUUCCCGUAAUUCAUAGGGAAAGCGGUCUUAUCUACGUAAUUUGAAGAGAGGCGACCAAAUUUAGCAUAAUUGCCUUCUUUGAUUUAGCGAAGAUUAUGUAAUGAUUAAAAACAGACAAUUGAUAACGAGUCGAGAUAGUGUAUUCUCAACUUGACAAGAAAUUCAGGUAUAACUCGGGACUCCCCAUGCAGACCCUCCUUACUGAGUAGAAAAUUAUACAAAGAACUGCUGCUGAAAGUGACAAACUUUUCUUUCGCCUAUUUUUUCUAUCAGUCAAUUAGUUGAUAAGUAGCUUUUCAAGCAAUAUUUUUGAAUACAAACACCCAGCCACAACAUUGUUUGUACUUAUGGGCCACAGUGUCUGAGAAUGAACAAUAAACAAACAAACAAACAACA